UUUAACUUAAUUUCAUACACUUACAUAAUAUAUUUGUUCGUUUUACAAAAAUUAUAUGUGUGGAAUAUAUAAACUGAUGUGACACAAUAAUAUUUAUUACUUAUCAUUCUCGUGAAAAUCAUCGCCGAAACUCACGUGUUUCUUAUCCACCGCCUGUGUCUUUCUUUGGAUGACAUCCAUGGCGAUGAGAAUCACGAAGAGGAAGACUUCAUGAUCUCUCCGAUGAAAUGGGCGGCUCAUUAAAAAACGUCAGCUCGGAAGCCUACGAAAUUUGUCCCGGCAUGAUGUUGAAAACGAAGCGGAUAUUUAGUGCGGGCUCUAAGAGAAGCGGCGUGACUCGCCAAAAGAUCCUACCGUUUCUGACGCGUCAGAAAAAGGACAAGGUAAAGAGGACGGAAACUCCACCUUCGAUCUCUCGUCCACCGGCCCCGCCGAGGGCUCGUCCGUUUCUCCAGAACGGCUCCCUCAACGAGCAAAUUCUGUCCGCGAACAACAAUGAUCCAGAAAGCUUCCACUGUGCGAUAGGACCGGUUUUAGCGUUGGCUCAAUUCUUCGGGGUUCUACCGGUCUUAGGAAUACGCAGGCCGAGUGCGUUGCAGUUGAAAUUCAAAAAAGUUUCGCUUCGUACUGCCUACGCCGUUUUCAUAAUCGGGAUGGUAUUAUUUAUGGCGAUAUUGUCGGUUAUUCACAUGAUACAAACCCUGAACUCUUCGGCUUUUGAAGUGAAAGGAGGAAUAGCGAGUGCUACGGCAGGCGCGAUAUUUUACGGGAACUGCUUGAUAGGCCUGUUAAUAUUUUUCUGGCUGUCACCGCGCUGGGUGACCCUUCAACGUGAUUGGAAUUCCAUGGAGCAGUUUAUAGACAGUAAUAAGAUGAAACGACCGAAACUGCGUUGGAAACUCUGGGCGAUAGCCGCUUUCAUUCUGCUUCUGGCCGUUUUUGAACAUAUCUUGAGCAUAGCGGUUCACAUCAGAAAGUACGACUGGAGCGGCAAAACGGGGAAUUCGACGUUUUCACAUUUUCUACAAAUGUAUUGCGCGUCUUCUCACGCGUUUAUCUUGCACAUACUAAACUAUAACUUCGCGCUUGGUAUUUUCAUAUUUAUCGUCAGCAAACUGGCGACUUUCACGUGGAAUUUCACUGACGUUUUCGUCAUGAUGGUAGCUACCGGCUUGGCCGAGAGAUACAAAACAUUGAACGAGUACGUGACAAGUUCCGCAUCGAAACAUCGGACAACAAUAGAUUGGAGUGAAUUGCGCGAGGAUUACGCUGCUCUUAGUUGCGUAGUGAAAAAGGUGGACAAUGAUAUCGCACCCAUAAUUCUCCUGUCGUUUGCAAACAAUCUCUAUUUCAUCUGUUUACAGCUACUUAAUGGAUUGUCAAAACCGGAAGAUGGCGUAAUUAGUGAUAUAUAUUUCUUUGAAUCUUUUAUAUUCCUGAUCGGCAGGACAGUGCUUGUCACCCUGUUGGCUUCCAGGAUUUACGAUCAAAGCAAACUGAUAUUGCCGCUGUUGUAUACUUGUUCAGCAUCCACCUAUAAUGUAGAGACCGAAAGGCUGAUAUACCUACUCACCACUGAUGACAUCGCGCUUACGGGAAUGCGUUUCUUUUCCAUUACGCGGAGUUUUAUGUUGGCGGUGGCUGGUGCAAUUGUAACGUACGAAGUCGUGCUGCUGCAAUUUAAUGUCGCGAUUAAAAAAUGAGUACGCAACAGUGUAACAUCGCCGAAUGUUACUAGAUUAUAAGAUAAUAUAGAAUAUUGAAAUUAAAAAAAAAAUCAUCCUACAUAUUACGCACAUCUCACUGCAAUUUUUACUAAAUGC